CUCGUGUUCGCGUCCUCCGGUCCAGCAGGUGCGCUGUGCACGCGCCGUGCACGAACACCGUUGAAGAGCGAGCGAGACUCGCGCAUGAUGGGGACGCGCUUGAAGGUGUUGCGGGUGUUCAGAGAUCUGCACAGAACAAGAAGAGAUGUGUUUAAAGAUGACGGCAUAGCCCUGACUGCUGCCAGACUCAAAAUCAAUGAAGAAUUCAAAAGGAACAAGAAUGAAGCAUCAGAAGAAAAUAUUAAAGAGAUGCUGAAAAUGGCCCGGUCAGUUGAGACCAUCCUCCGUGAGAGUGUGGUCCAGGUUGAGCAUGUGACGGAAAACAGAGUCUUGUUGCGUCCCCGCGAGAGUCUCUUGCUGGAAAAUGUGCCGUACUCUGACUCUCCCAGGAAAAAGACAUGAUGAAAACUAUCACUAUUCAGUGCUUCUCAUACGCCACAAACACCAAGGCACGUCUCUGAUAUAUGGGACAGGGAAACGCAUUAAUGCGGAUGAUCCAGUUAUCAUUACAGCCAUAAUGACAUAACUAUAAUAACUUAUUUGCCGGUUCAAAGGUGAUGUGAUGUUGUUGAAUUAAAUGCAAUUGCCAUUUUGUAAAUAUUGCUUAAGCUGACUGUUGAAUAAAAUGUCUGUUUCA